AGUUUUAAGUUGACCAUGACCAUUACGUUUCCAAAACAAUAUGAUAUAUUUGUGAUUUUUGGGUUUUGUUGAUUGAGUUUUGCUGUUUCUUGAAGGAAAUGGAAUGAAUGGCAUAGUAUUUGUUAUCAUUACGUACUCAUCAGAUACUUAAACUUGUCGUUAUUAAUUUUAUUUGUUGUUAAAGAAUCAAACAAAUGGCUUCAACAGCGACGAUGGAAAACGAAGAUGGAGUUUUCGAGCUCAUUACAGAGCUCUGUAAUAGAACAGCCUCCAAGUAUACCUCCCAGAAUAGAGUACCACAGAAGCGAUUAGUGUCCAAGAUGAGGUCAUGCGCUUAUGAAAUAAUUCUAAAGAAAUCGUCAAAAGAAGUUCAGUGUACUAAGGGCGAACCGAUCAUAGAUCUGCUGUCUUAUUAUUUAACGUCCCACCGAAAUGUUAAAAACGUCGCAGAGUUCAAAAGGUCUGUAGAAUUGAAGAAAAUAAUCAGCAGAAUUCGUCAAACAGAUUUCAGAGAGAAUAAAGAUCACAUUUAUAAAGUUUUGAAACUUCUUGUGGCUUUGAGUGACACAAUAAAGGAGGAUUAUUCUCCAGAGUUGUUUCAGAAACCCUUCACAUUUGGGUUGCUAGAUGAGAUGCUACCGAAACCACGACGUGAAGUAUUCGGGUCACCACAGCCGUACCCGUAUUUUCCAUCACAUGUGUUUGAGCUGCCAUUUUCAUUGAAACGACAUGACCACAAGCUUAGCAGCCCUAGAUCUCAAACCUAUACAGAAUAUACAGUGGAGAGUUUUGAUUCUAGGUCUUUUCUUCCUGAUCACAUAUCUCAUGGAGUAGAGAUAAGAAGCUUUAUGAGUCCAAUGUCGAUACCAUCUCUGGCUACAACAAGCACAUUCCCAUCCCCAUACUCUGAAGGCUGCUUGUGGAACUUCCCUCGGUUGACAGCACCGAGAGAUUUGCAAAUACCAGUAUCAGAUACAUGUGUGCAUAUGUGCAGCAACUUGGAAUUGCCACAAGUGUCAGUACCAAGCACAGCAGAAGUAAAAGAGGUAUUCAGAGCUAAGAGUCAUGAAGAAUCUAUUGACAUCUGGGAAAUAGCAACACAGAUGGACAAGGACAUCCCUGAUGAUAUUUGGGAGGUGGUUUCAAAAAUGCCUCCAAUAAACGAGAGACAGCUUAUAGCGACCUCAUCGAGAGAAAUGGCGUUAUGGCGGAGGAUCUACGGAGAUGGAUUACGUGAUCUUAGUGUUAUAUCUGAGAAGCAGUUCAUCAGGAAUAUUAUGUACCUUAUUAUUGGUAUAGAAACAAAAACGUUUCCAUUCAGUCAAGAAUCAAAUUGCUUCUACAUGAAAGAGGACUUGGUUUUGGAAGGCGUAUCAAAGGAGCAUAUUCGAGGUUACGUCACCGACUUACUACUUGUUGGCACGUACUACAGGAGGCUGUUCAAAUUCGCGUUCAAUCAGUCUUUGGAAGAUCAUUUCCAUACAAAUGGACUUGUUUAUGAGGGUGCCAGAGAGGUAGUAAGAAGAUUUUUACUGCAAUUCCGUUUGAAAGCGACCGAAAUAUACGAGGAAUGUUGUAAGGUGUCCACUGAAGACUUGAACUGUAUGCCUACACUAUUACAAAUACUGUAUCACAUGGAGCCGCUCAAAUACGAAAUAGAAACUAUUGUUUCUAUUUACAAAUUGAUGGAGCAUGAAUCUAAAAGCACGAUACCUCUGGGAGCCGAGCUUAUGUCGUACUUAUUCAACGAGAUAUCGCUCGUUACUCACAAGAAGACUGCAUACACGAUGUUCAACUCUCUCUUCUCUAUCUGCAAGGUUUAUUUCAAGUUUAUCGAAAGGUUCAUAUUCGAAGGCGAGCUAGACGAUCGUUUCAACGAGUUUUUUAUCCGUAAAGAUUCUGCCUACGUCCAUACGCGGUCGAAGCGUUACUGGGACAAAGGAUUCUACAUGACUCAAAGUGUAGCGGUGCCAGAGUUCCUCAGGCCUUUGGCGAAGUUUAUACUCCUCUGUGGGAAGUCGCUGCGGCUUCUGAAACAUUGUAAUCCGAGUGACCCACUAGUCCUGCUCAUAUCAUCAGACCAUCCAACUGUCAAGUGCUGCGCCAGUUUCGAAGAGCUGGAACAACAGCAGGAGGUCUUAGACGUGUACCGUACGAGAUGUCUCUUCGUCAGCGGGGAACCUGUGACCUUCGAACAGAUUCUACUGAAGCGAGAGGCCGAGAGGAAAGCCUUCACUGAAAUGGCUUCAUUGAAGCAGGCUGAGACUAUGGAGAAAAUUGUUGCCGAACGCAAAAGGUUAGCUCAGCUCAUAAUAGCAGAGAAACAACAUUCUCUUCGUGUGUUAGAAGAAGCGAUGGCUGAGGCGAAAGCCGCCAAAAUGAAGUCUAAACAGCGGGAGAGACAUCGUUCUCGACUGCAACAAGAAUUGGAGAAAGCAUCUGAAGAGGUGGACGCGAGGCUAAGAGACGAUGAGAGGAAUAAAAUGAUGGCGUACUAUUCAAAAUUAAAUCAAGAAGUUGAAAAGAGUAAAAUGCACACAGAAUGGAAAAUAAAAAGGUUACAAUUAGAUCAGUCCCGAAUACAGUUACUUUCAACGGAAGAGAGGAAUUUAAAGAGAGAGAAGUUGGAAUUGGAACACAAGAAAAAUGAGGAAAUAAUGGCGAUGUCUAUACAAAGUACCAACCAAAAAUCUGAUGAUGAACUCGACACCAUGCAAGAUAGUGAUAGCACUUCAAAUUACAAAAGUGCCUGCACACUCGCUGACGAAGCUAUGGACCAAGUAUCAGAUUUACCCACGACAGAAUCUGAAUCCAAACCAAAAUCAUCCACAGAAUUACUUCUGGCUAUCUGCAAAGCAGCCAAAAGCAUUUUUAGCAGUUCAAAAAGCGAGGAUUCUAGUGUCGACAACGUACAAGAUUUAGACGCUCAAGGUAACGUAGUUGCUGUUGAUUCCGAAAACAAUUCUGACAAUAAAGAUACCAAGUCGAGCGAUGUCAUAGGCGCGGAUUUAAAUGAUGCUUAUGAUAACCUUCAAUACCUCAAAGGUAGAGAAGAAGCUUUGAAAAAUAAACAUAAAGUAAUGGCUCAUGAAUUUGGUCAACUCGAUGCUGAUAACAAUCAGGUUAAAGAUCCUCCUCUAGUUACUGUAUCAGUGGUGGAUGAAGAAAAUAAUAUACCAGAUGCGUUGAUCCCUUUUCUUGAAGCCAAAAGAAAUAAAUUGAAAGUCCUUGGAGGGAGAUUCGCAACCGCGUCGGAAGAACCACUACGCACGGUGUCUGAACCAAUAACUGAUGCCCAGAAAGAAGCCAUAGCGAACAGACAGAAAAUAUUGGGAGUCGAAUACAAUCUUCCUAUUGGAGCAGCACCAAAGAAAGAUCCAGCUAACGUUGCGCAGGAAGAAGCUGUACGUAAUAGGGUUAAAAUUUUGGGAUCCGCUGACAUCAAACCUAGUGAGACAACAAAACGUGAACCCCCCAAGCGGUCUAAUUUGACGUUGAACUUAAAGCCUUAUCAUGAGUUUUCCGGGGGCGGUAGUUCCACGUUUACUCCAGGAGUAGUUACACCAGGAGAAUUUAUGGCAAGGUUGGACCUGGAAACCCCAACCACGGCUGAUAUUCCUUUAGAAGGCGCAAUGACCAGUGAUGCGUUCACACCUCAUAGCGAAGGAAAUAGGCUGGAGACUGCUGAACUUGUUAAUGCGGAUAAACCGUUCUUGAGUUCGGAUGGCUUCGACUUCACAUUGAUGGUUGACGAGACUGUUGACACAGAAGGUGUAGGCGAUGUCCGGACCACUCCAGAAAGUUCUCCAUCUAAAAUCAUCGCACCAAUACAGAAAGAGAAGAAAAAGUCUUAUAUGAACUUCUUGGAUGGGACAUAUAGUUUAGUAGAUUUUGAUCCUUUUGGCGUUCGAGGUUUGAGAGGUUUUUCUAGAGAUCAUUUUACGAGUAAAAUGGAUGUCGGUACGUCUUCAUCGUGUUACACUCAUCCGGCAUUGAUCAUGGAGGAAGUUAGGAAGAAACCUUAUUCGAAUAUAUUCGCCUCGCAUUUUGGACCUGAAGAAGACGACGAACAGAAAAUUAUUUGCGACAACAUAGCAACAUUGACUGCGUGUCUGCAGCGCUCUGUGAUGCUACCUCUAACAUACCAACUGGAAGUCGUCAACAACUCCAUCCUAACUUAUUUUCUGGUCAACCUCGACAUGUACGAACAUUUGGGAAGUUUAAAGGAUUACUUCUUUCUGAUGGAUGGUGAAUUUUCCAAUAGUAUAUGCAAGAAUCUGUUCACUAGGCUUGUAAAAACUUUGAACCCGCAAGAGUUGUUAAAUUUCGCUACGUUGCAUAAUAUUCUGGACAAAGCAUUGGGGUCAUCCAUAUCACAUGUUCAUAAAUUCUCGGAGAACCUAUCCUUCACGAUCACGGAAUCGCCUCUAAGCUUCCAGCACAGUUCGCCUGAUGUGCUACAGUGUCUUUCUUUGACGUACACGGUCAGUUGGCCGCUCAAUAUUAUCCUGUCGCAAGAGGCGCUGCUGAGAUACGCGAAGGUCUUUCAGUUCCUCAUCAAAAUGAGGAGGAUAUUUUGGGUGUUGGGAGAGGAUUUUGAGUCCCUAAAGUUAGCAGCCAAAUUAUCAAGAAAACACUCACGGAAGCUUAUAAAAUCACCACACUACAUCUCCGUGCAAAUAUACCGACACAUUAUGGCGUCUUUGAUUCGGGCGUUGGACAACUAUAUCGUUACUACUUGCAUACUUUCUUCCUGGAGAGAGUUUGAGAAUGAUUUGAAAAAGGCAAGGACGUUAGACGAUUUGUACGAGUGCCAUGUGGUGUACAUCAAGAAGGUUUUGUUCAGAUGCCUUCUGAAUAACCGUUCGACACCCGUUAUGAAGUUGUUGAAUGACAUAUUUACAGUCAUUCUGAAGUUCAGUCGGGUUCUGAAAGCUGGGGAAUGGCAACAGAAAGAGGAGGGCGGUUAUUUCACACACUCCAGCUUCACGCAACUACAGGAAUUGUUCCACCUGUUCGAGAAGUUGGCGAAAUACCUCCACAAAGUGAUCACGAAGCUUAUGGAGUGUGGUUAUCAGAGGCACCUGGCGGAACUACUCACUAUGGUCAACCUUAACGGGUACUAUGACCUUAAUAAGACUAAAGAGGAACAAAACACAACCGCUCAAUCUACUGGUUGAUCCCCAUAAAUUGUUCUAUGUAUAAACGGAAAAGAUUUUAUGCGGUACGAAAUCCGAUUGAUUUAUUUUAUAGAGGACGGUCUCGUUCGUUUAAAGAUUUCUAAAUAAAAAAACCGAAAGCACAUUAUUUUUACACUAUUUUUUUUUUGUAAAAAAAAUAUGAAAAUUACAGAAUGAUUUUUACAGUUAAAAAAUGUUAUGAAGACGUUGCCAAUAUUUAGGGGAAAGGAAAAUGUCUGUCACGCUUGUUAAAAAAUACUCAUAUUAUUACUAGUAACAAAUGCGUCAUACGACCGCAAUAAAAAUAACUAAUUUUAAUUACUUACAAAUUUAUAAAUAUAAAGGACAAUUGUUGCAUUUAUUGUUAGUUAUAGCUUCGUAACUUCCUAUUUUCGUAAACAUGUGAUAUUGUUCCCACCAGUUAAUCGUGUAUUUUUAAUGUUAUACUUGCUAUGACAUUAUGUUGCAGUUGCUUAAAAAUAUGACGUUAUGUUAAUGUGUUAUCAAUAAAAUAUUAUUGUAGCCUGUAUAAGAUAAUAAAUUGUUAUCAAAGGUUUAUGAUGCAUGCAAAAGAAGGCGCAUUGUUUAGUGUUUCAUUUUGUGAGUCAUUUGUUUAUGUGAUGGGUUGUGUUGUGUAUAGUAUACAUAUCAAAAUUAUCUUAUGCCACAAAUUUUUGAGACUUCAUCUGAAAAGAAAGUAAUUGUGACGAAGUGAUGUGCGAAUGUAAGAUCUUACAAAAUUGUAUCAUAUUAUUUAUAAAUCGUGUCAUUACUCAUCAAUAAAUCUAGUAACAAGAUAUUACCAUAGAGAGAAAUAACACAGCUAAGGUAUAGUAAUGAAAUUAAUAAGAAAAUUAUAUUAAUUGUACCGAAAUGUUAUCUGCUUAUUAAAUAAACAUUUUAUUCAUUAAUGUAA